AUGCCAAACAUCAAGCGAAGGUUCAAGGAUGACGAUCCAUCUUCUGACGAAGACGAGGAGGAGGAAGAAGAAGAGCCAACCUAUCAUCCAUCACGAGGUGUUGGGAAGGCAUUGCGUAUGCCUGGUGGAAAAGGUUUCGGCAAGCAGCUAAGACCACCACCUCAAGACGAUGACUCCGAAGAGGAGUCGGAAGAUGACGAGGAUGAAGAGCCACCACAACCCGCAUUCCGUCAAGGGGGUGGCAAGCAAUUGCGUCCCCCUGUUGGAAAGAUGUUGCGCCCACCUCCACAAGAUGAUGAUAGCGAUGACGACGAUGAUGAUGACGACGAUAUGGAAGAAGACGAGCCUGUCCGACCGGUUCAGCGUGGCGGUGGAAAGUCUUUGAUGCGUAUGCGUGCUCCAAGCGAUGACGAGGAUGAAGAUGACGAAAGUGACAAAGAAGAGGAAGAAGCCCCAACACAACGAAUCGUUCAGCGUGGCGGUGGCAAGUCACUUAUGAGGAUGCAAGCUAAUCAACAAGACGAUUCCGAUGAAGAUGAAUCGUCCGAGGAGGAAGAACCCACAAGGGUGGUCCCCCGGACGGGGGGCGGCAAGCAACUUCGGCCUCCAUCCGGUGGGAACCAGCUCCGACGAGGGGGUGGCAAGCAGCUACGUCCACAGCCCGCGGAUGACGACGACGAUGAGAGUGACGAGGAAGAAGAAGCUCCUCAACCGGUCCAGGUCGUUCGUAGAGGAGGUGGAAAGUCGCUGAUGAGGAUGCAAGCGCCCGACUCGGAUUCUGACGAUGAUGAAGAACCUCCAAAGGCUGCUGCUACCAGCGAGGAUCAGGCGGACAAGAAAGCACCUGAAGACAUUGAGGAAGCCGCAGCAGCUCCAGACGAAGAGGAUAGCAGUGACGAGGAUGGCAUGGAUGUAGAUUCCGAUGACGAGCAGCCAACGAAGAAAACAACUCCAGCCCCGGAGAUAACACCGAAGCCAAAGGAGCCUGAAGUCGAAGAAGAAUCAGAGGAUGAAGAGAGCAGUGACGAGGAAGAAGCAGAAUUUGACAAUGAAACGUUUGAUCCACAAAAGCUUGUUAACGAUGAAGAAGACCAGAAGUAUCUUGACUCCUUGCCAGAGCUUGAGCGCGAAGCGAUUCUUGGUGAACGUUUCGAAAAGCGCAAGGCUGAUAUGGAUAUGAAGAAAGCGCUGCGAGAUGCAAAACGCAAAGAAAAAGAGGAGAAAGCUGCGAAAGACCAAAAGGCCGGCAAAAAGAGAAAGGCGUCGACGAGAGCUACUACUAAAAAGACAACACCGGCAAAGAAAAACAAGGCAGCAGCUGAAACUGCAGAUGACGAAACUAUUGCGAAGUCACUUGCAUCAAAACGUGGAUCUACUCGAAAUCGAGAUGCUACAGGCUCAAAAGCGAAGAAAGCAGAGGCCUUGGCAGCAUUGCGAGAAGAGAGGAAAAAGGUUACACGAAAGGAUUCAUCAGAUAGUGAAUCUAGCUUUGGUGACGACGAUGAUGAUGAUUCAGAUGAUGACUACGAGGAGUCUGGAAACGCUGCCCUGCGACCAUGGCAAAAGAAGGCUGCCGAAUCCAGGAAAUCGAGGUUGGACCAAGUAGAAGAGUCGGACGACGAGAUGGAACACGCGGAUGUCAAAGAUGACGACGACAAGUAUGCAGAGGAUACACAACGUGUUGUGCAAGAGGCAGAAUUAGAAGACUACCUGAAGAUUACAGUUUCAAGAAGGAAGUUGGGUCGCUGGUGCAAUGAGCCUUUCUUCAAAAAGUCUGUUGUGGGAUGUUUUGUAAAAUUGUUCAUCGGAGAAAACGACCAGGGAAAGCGAUGCUACCGUCUCUGUAGAAUUGUGGAUGUUCAACCAGCACCGAAGGGGUCUUAUGCCCUUCCUGCUGUGAAGAAGGAGAAACCGGUUGUUACGGACAAGGCAUUAAAACUACAGUUCGGAAAAAACGAAAGGAUCUUCCUUAUCAAGUUGAUUUCUGAUAAUAAGGCAACAGAAACCGAUGUGAAUCUAUACAAGACAGAGAUGAAGAACCAGCGUCAACAAGUACUAUCGAGAAAAGAAGCUAACAAGAUCCGACGAAAGCAGGAUAGCCUCGUCAGUAACUAUACGUACACAACGGAAGAUAUUGAAGACAAUUUGCGAAAAAUCAAGAAAAAGGGUGGUGCUAUGAAAAAUCUUGGACUCGAACAAACUCGGGCCGCCAUUGCUGUGCAAGCAGCCAGAGCUGAGCUCGAGGAGGCUAUUCAAGAAGCCAAAUCAGGCGAUGGGGACAACUCGGCGGUUGGUGCUGCUGAGAAGGUAUUGGAAGAGAAAUUGGAAGAAGAACGUCGCGUACUAGAUAAGGUCAAGAACCGCAAGGAGAAGUUGACGUCACGAGGAAAAGACAAAAAGUGGGCAAAGGUUAAUAAGCGUGCCUUGGAGAUGAACCAGAAGUUGGAUCGCGGAGCCCUCAAUGACCCUGAGGAACAAAAGGUUGAGGGUGGAGCAAAGCCCAAAUUUAACCCAUAUGCCCGCCGAAAGGUUAAGCCCAAGAUUCUCUGGGAAGUUGGACAGAAGGAAGAGGAAGAGGAGGAGAAGAAAGAAUCGUCACAGGUUACAGAUGAAAACGCAGAGAAAGAAGCCGACUCGACACCAAAUCUUGUGCAGGAACAGCAACAAAAAGCAGCUGCACUGAGUCAGUCUCACCAGUUUGCUAUUGAUGAGGAGACAUUGGCUCAAUCGUCCUAUACAAGCGGAAUUGCCGGGCUCACGGCUAAGAAACCAGUUCGAAAGCGUGUGAGAAAGGGGUUGAGUUUGAAUGAGUAUCUUGAGCGCAAAGAAGCUGGUACCCUCUAA